AGCAUAAAAGUCACUACUUCGGAGUUUACCUUUCAGUGGUUUUUAGCAUAGUCACAUAGUUUUACAACCAUCACCCCUCCUUUCUUGAGUUCCAGAGCCUUUUCAGUGUCACCGCUCAGUCUCUGCAUCAUUAGCCCUCACUCCUUGUUAUCUAUCUAACAUCAUCAUUAGCCCUCACUCCUCACUCUCCAUCAUUAACCCCUCACUCCCAGGAGACCAGUCAUUUACUGUCUUAUCUCUGCGACAUGUUUAUCCUGGACUUUUCACAUACAUGGUUUCAUACAACGCGUGGCCUUCUGUGUCUGGCUUCUUUCACUUACCACGUUGUGUUUGCUUGCGAUCCACGUUAUAGCACAGAUGAGCACUAUAUAACUUUUUAUGGCCAAGAACAUGGUAUGCAUAUGCCACGUUUUACACUUUUGCCAGUUAAUGGAAAUACAGUUGUUUCUUGUUUUUGGAUAUUAUGAAUAAUAGUGCUGCAAACGUUCACGUACAGAUUUUUGUAUGUAGUUAAGCUUUUGUUUCUUUUGGGUCUAUACCUAGGUGUGGAAUUGCUGGGUCAUGUGGCAAAUCUGUGCUCAACCCUUUGAAGAACUGCCGUGCUGUUUCCUAAGUCAGCUAAACCACUUUACGUUGCCACCGGCAAUGUGUAACCAGCAUCCUGCUUGGCCUGACAUGCCCCCAGGUGCCCCCGGUCUGCAGGGAGCCCUGGUGCCAGAGACCUUCUUCCCCUUCUCCCUUUGGGUACCUGACGUGAAGGAAGAGCUGCUGAAUGCACAUCAGCACCACAGGACUCCGGACUUGGCCAGAACAUAGUUCUUCUCCUACCCUCUGACUUCUCAGAGACUGUUCUGCGAUGACCACAGCACGGUACCGGCCCACCUGGGACCUAGCCCUUGACCCCCUGGUGUCUUGCAAGCUGUGUCUGGGGGAGUACCCCGUGGAGCAGAUGACGACCAUCUCCCAGUGCCAGUGUGUCUUCUGUACCCUGUGCCUGAAACAAUACGUUGAGCUCUUGAUCAAAGAAGGAUUAGAGACUGCAAUCAGCUGCCCAGAUGCCGCCUGCCCUAAACAGGGGCACCUGCAGGAGAACGAGAUCGAGUGCAUGGUUGCGGCUGAAAUUAUGCAAAGAUACAAAAAGCUACAAUUUGAAAGAGAGGUGCUCUUUGAUCCCUGUCGGACAUGGUGCCCAGCGUCCACCUGCCAGGCUGUGUGCCAGCUCCAGGACGUGGGGCUGCAGACCCCCCAGCCAGUGCAAUGCAAAGCCUGCCACAUGGAAUUCUGCUCUGCCUGCAAAGCCAGCUGGCACCCUGGCCAGGGCUGCCCAGAGACUGUGCCUGUCACCUUCCUCCCCGGGGAUACCAGCUCUUCUUUCAAAAUGGAAGAGGAUGACGCGCCCAUCAAGCGCUGUCCCAAGUGCAAAGUCUACAUCGAACGGGACGAGGGGUGUGCUCAGAUGAUGUGCAAGAGCUGCAAGCAUGCCUUCUGCUGGUACUGCCUGGAGUCCCUGGACGAUGAUUUUCUCCUGAUACAUUAUGACAAGGGUCCCUGCCGGAACAAGCUAGGUCACUCCCGGGCGUCUGUGAUCUGGCAUCGGACACAGGUCGUGGGCAUUUUUGCUGGAUUUGGGCUCUUGCUCCUGGUGGCCUCGCCUUUCCUGCUCCUGGCAACUCCCUUUGUACUUUGCUGCAAGUGCAAGUGCAGUAAAGGGGAUGAUGACCCACUGCCUACCUAGAGGAGGCGCAAUGCUGGAGCAAGACCCUUCCUCCCUUCCGGGAAGUGUGGCUCUCCCCACCCUGCCCCGCUGUCCCGUCCCCCUCACUAAACAUCUUUCUUGCCUUACGUGCCCCAUUGAGCUUCACAGGGUCAGGCUGGAUGCCAUGAUUUCAGGGACGAUGUCACAACGUCUGCAUAGGCCCCAGGAGCAGGCGAGCAGGCGUGGCUAGGGCACGACCCAGGCCAGUCUCUGCAGACGACAGGGAGGUGCUGUCAGAAGCACACCAGGCGGUUUUCUCUCUGUGGCCAUAGACUGGGAAUGUCUGGCUAUGGCUUAAGAGACUUUCUCCUACAAAACAUCCUUCAUCCCUUCCUUGGCUUCCAGAUGUCUGCAUGUUGUUGAGAGAAGUCUUUGGAGGACUGCAGCCCUCUUGAGACAGAACCCAACUAUUUUAGCUUGAGCAAAGCACUCUGUUUAUGACAACCAUUUUUAUUACUAGUGGCAUUUAGUAAAAUCCUUUUUAGAAGGCAUUUUUUCCCCAACCGAAUAGUGAAAAUCAACAAGGUGCAUAUAAACCAUCCUAUGCCUUUCUUGAAAUGUGCAUUUUAAGAAGUUAUAGUUAAAUGACUUUUUAGGAGAUUUAGAAAGCCUUAUGCACUCUUUGUGUUUUUCUUGAAACUUGUUGUAAUAACUUUUUGAACGCCGUAAGCUACAUGCUAUUAUAAAUGUGGUUCCUAAAUCAUUGCAUUUCCUGGAAAAUGUUGCCAUAUUUAAAGGGGCAUCUCCAUUAGAUUUGCCUUUUGUUUUUUUCUCUCCAUUUGGUGAUUCAGCUCCACUCACAGGGCUUAUCCCUUCUCAUCCAGUUGGCAGCAAAUAACCUUUUAUCGUCUUCUAACCAACGGUUUUACUCAGAAGUGGCCCUACGUGGAAUUGCUAUGGUUGGCCUCAGUCUUCAGGUAGACAGUGAGGAGAUAGCAGUGCUGGGAUCCUCAGAGCCGGGGCCUCCGGGCAGAGGCCACAGGACUCCCAGGGCUGGAGAGGAACUUCCUGGAUUUUUUACAUUUUUAAAAUGCUUUGGUUAUUUUAAAUACUCAUGUAUCUUACACAGUUGCAAGUCCUGUCGCUAAGCAUUUUGCCCUUGCUGGGAAAAACCUUUUCCCUUCACUUAGUGAUUUUGAUGUGCGGAUUUACCACUUGGUCUUCUACAGAGCUGCAUGUGACUGUUCCCUUGGCAGCAGAAGGCACAGAUCAAUCAGAAGACAUGCAUUGCUCCAUGACCAGACUCUGAGAAGCGGAGAAUGUGAAAGUGUAUUCUUUAAAGAGAAUUGACCUUCAAAGCCUUAGGUACUUUUAAAGAAUAAACCACAUUGAACUUAGAACGUCUAAAAAUAGCAAAAAGGCAAACAUUAUAGAUUUAUCACAGUGGAGUUUUUAAAAAUUUACCAAGUAUUCUACAAAGAAGCAAAACAGAACCCAAAUCCCUUUAUUUCAGUUACUUGCUCAUCACUUUUACCAAGUGGUUGUUCUGCACGUGUCUGACAGCUGAGUCUGUGCGUCAGGCUCAGGGACGAGUUUACCUUCCUUAUGUAGAAACUUCUUUCUUUUCUUAACACUGACCAGGUUAGGAGACACAGGAUCACCUCACUCUUCAUCUCUAGUAUUGAUUUUCUUUACGAAACUGAAGCCAAUUAGCAAAUCAGUCCAUGUCAAAAUAACAUUCACGAAGUUCUCUCUGUAAUCACAGUUUGCAAGUUCAUUUGCUAAGUGAGAACUGGCCUGAGACUGUCUCUGUGAGGAAGACAGAGCCCUCCCUGUGAGGGCUGUGAGCGUCUACAGUCCUGAGGCGCUGCCAUGGCGUCAGCUGGUACAAUGUGUUUUCUGGAGGGGUGACAACUCUGUGAGUCAGUGGCCUGGGCCUGAGCCCUCAGCCUCCAUCAGUGGGUACAUGAUUUAGCCAGUGCUCCUUAAAUGAAUGCCUAGUGCAGAUGGCAGGCCCACGGCCCUGUUCCCAGAGGUCCUAGCACAGACCUCUGCUGCACCCGAGUCCCUCCUGCCUGUACUGGGCACAGCCCUUUGCAGGAGUCAGUGUGGUGGGUCCCCUAAACAGUGGGAGCUGUUUCUGCAUCCCUGGGGUGACAGCUCAGAUCCUCUUAUCCUUAGAGGGAUGGGCUGCUGUUCUACCUUGGGAGAGUCUUCAGCCCUGCCACACGCGUCCCUAGCACCCACCAUCCUUUUGUCUUGCCUGCAGCGUAGUUCACAAGCACGAGGUUUGGCCCAGGUGGAGGCCACAGGGAUUCUAGGGCCAGACGGAGUCACUUUUUUGCUCCGAGGUUUUGCACCCACAUGCCUCAGUUUGAGUAAUAAAAUUACAAUCAUCCGUUCCCUCUAUACACACCAGCAAGACCACACUGAGAACACACACACACACACACACACUUGCAUUCCAUCGCAUAGGCUCCUGUUGCUAAAGAAUGCGGCAUGCAUCUCUGCCAUGACAGAGCACAGGGCGGGCCCUCCACUGGGACUUGGGUCUUGUUGUCACCCCCCAUGGGAGAGUCUUCAGUUAGCAGGUGGACUCCAUCUUACUCAGCAAGAUUCAUCUUAAUUGGAAAUGGUCAUUCACGUUUUCAGAUGGCUUUCACUCUGAUGCCAUGGAAGCACAUGACAUUCAUUCAGAGGCUUAUUAAUCCUGGGGGGAGGAGAAGGCCAUGGUUGCUGGACUGCUAUCUGGGGGUGGCCAUUCAGGACACAGUGAACCUGUACAUUAUCUGCAGCCCUUUGGUAACUGACCAUAGGAGGUUUUGCUGGACAUGCCUGACCUCUCUGGCUCUGCCCCGCAGCUGGAAGCCCACUAGCUUCACCACGUCACACGAGGCCAAUGCCUUGUAGACGUGGACUUUGCAGGGAUGUGCACAUGGCAGAGGCUGACUGCGGACCUGAGCGUGCGCAGCACCUCUGAGAGCAUGAAUGGGUUGUUCUCUCAAGGUGCGCUGCCCCGCCAUGCCCAGGAUAACAAAUUACCCUUCCAGCAUAUGAUUCUGUCAAACCCAUUAGGACCAAGGCCAAUUCCUGCUGGACAGGGAUUACCAGAGAAACAGAAGAACCUCGAGUUUACCUUUUUCACUUAACGUUACAAAAGUUAGAAGUUAUUUAAGAUGUUUGAAGGGAAGAUUUUCCGUUGGUAAAAUAAUCAGGGAAUGGGAAACAACCAGGGUGGGCUUUUUAUAUAUUUUUCAGAUUCUCAAUUAUUAAUAAACAUAUAAACCACAAUAAAAUCAUCAAGAGAAAACAAUUUGCAUGUAUAAAGCUUCAUGGAGGUCUCUGUAAAAAACACCAAAGCAUGAUUCCUUAAAAUUAACCCACCCUAAUGAAAAUGAGUAAAAUAAAGAGGUUAUGACUGUAUUGCCAAAAACUCCCAGCAGAAGGAAAGAGCCUGCUAGUGCAUUGCGAGGAGGCCUGCUGUGUUGAUCCUGAAAGCCCCCAUCCCCUGCUCUCACCCUGGCUCUGACUCCUGUAAUCCCGUCUUCCACAACGCCAGGAGCCUGCAGUUAGAGUUAGCUCCGUGCUCCGUGCCUGGCCUUUGGUCUUUUGCUCACGUUGCUAUGGGUGUACUUUAAUCUUGUAUAAAAAUAUGCACGAGUGAGUCAGGCACAUGUACACAUUGUGUAUUUGACAAGUGGUGGUAAAAAAACAAGUUCGGUUUGUGUUUUUGAAACGUCAGUACAUUUUGUGCCACUAACACUGUGAUGUAUAAAAGAGCUGUUUGAAUGCCUUUUAAUGUUGUGUUUUGUACUUUGGAAUCCUAUGGAAACGUUUGAUUUGUAAUUUCAAUACAUAUUUUAAGUGUA